CCUUAGUACAUAUUACGUAUAGUCGGUUUUUUUUCCCGAAUCAUUGCAUCGCUGGUGGUUGGCGAUUGGCGACGUCGAAGGAUCAAAGUUCAUCGAGGACAUACAUAGAACUGUAAUCGUACAGUCGCGUCCACAUCAGAAGAACAGACCUGAUCGAGAGAGCACGUUCUCCAGUUUUCCGAACGAUUCGGUGCAUUUAAAUCGAGUAUACUUACACACAUUCAACAACAUGGGUAAACAAUUCACGUUAGCCGAAGUCAAGAAGCACAACGAUAACCACAGCACCUGGAUUAUCAUCCACAACGAGGUGUACGAUGUGACCAAGUUCCUCAACGAGCACCCCGGCGGUGAAGAGGUCCUUCUGGAGCAGGCAGGAAAGGACGGAAGCGAAGCCUUCGAGGAUGUCGGUCAUUCCUCCGACGCCAGGGAAAUGAUGGCCAAGUACAAGGUCGGGGACAUCGUCGAAGCCGAACGCAAACCAGUGAAACAGAAGACCCACAACUGGUCCACCGUCGACUCCGAAGCCCAACCUAACGAAAGCUCGCUGAUGUCCUGGAUUAUCCCAAUCACUCUGGGCGUAAUAGCGACAAUCAUCUACCGCUUCUAUUUCCAAAGCCAUUAAACUCACCUUUAACCUGUUUUUUUCUUUUCUUAUAUAGCCUAAGUUUCGUCCACAUGACAGCAAUAUACGUGUUUCUUUUUCAA